AUACUGAACGUAUUUAGCGAUCUCACGGCACCUGUACACAUAUCUAGAUGUUAUCAAUACGUUUUGAGGCAAAUGCAUAAUACAUGAAGCUUUUCUUAUAAGCAUUGCUAUUCUAUAUGCUCGAGGAAGUAAGAAUGUUAACAAUUUUUGUAACAGUGUUCUACAGUGCUUUGGUUUAUUUAAGGGACAUAUUUAUCUCUAAUACAUGCCAAAGUAAGGCUUCUUUGAAAAACAAAACUGUUAUAAUCACAGGUGGAAAUACUGGUAUUGGAAAAGAAACCGCUUUGGGUCUCUCCAAAAGAGGUGCAAAAGUGAUUAUUGCAUGUCGUGACACAAGUAAAGGUGAAGAAGCAGCUCAAGACAUCAAAGAAAAAGUGCCUUCAGCUGCAGUUUAUGUGAAGCAGCUAGAUUUGUCUUCUUUUGCUUCUAUUCGGAAGUUUGCGAAGCAGAUAUUAAAAACGGAACAACGCAUUCAUAUUUUGAUUAAUAAUGCAGGAGUAGCAAGUUGUCCAAAAUCCCUUACCGAAGAUGGAUUCGAGAUGCAAUUUGGAGUGAAUCAUUUAGGACAUUUCCUGUUGACAAACCUUUUACUGGAACGUCUUAAAGCUUCUGCUCCAGCUAGAAUUAUCAAUGUCUCUUCCAUUCUCCACACAAUUGGUGAAAUAGACUUAGAUGACAUCAAUAUGGAUCGUAACUAUGGACCUAUUGCUGGAUACAACAGAAGCAAGCUAGCUAAUAUACUCUUUACACGUGAACUAGCAAAGAGACUAGAAGGUACAGGUGUUACAACAUAUUGUCUUCAUCCUGGUUUCGUCCAUACUGAUAUUACACGGCAUUUGUACACUUCAAUGAACAUUAUUGUUGCAUACAUCUACGUUGGAUGGUUUAAACUUAUCGGGAAGAAUGCUCACCAAGGUGCGCAGACGACCAUCUAUUGCGCUGUUGAAGAAUCAUUGGAAAAAGAAUCUGGGUUUUAUUAUUGUAACUGCACAAGAAUAGAUCCAUCUGCAAGAGCACAGGAUAAUGAAAUGACAAGAAAGUUGUGGGAAUAUAGCAAGCAAGCCACUAUCCAGAGCACAAGAAAUUUUUAAUCUUUCCCAUAAAGAUAAUUAUUAAAAUAUA